UAGCCUGAACUGCUUGACGGCAUGUUGGUGUUGGACGCAUGGUCACCGCGGCCACUUGUGACUGCAUCCGUGGGGCUGGGCUUGCUAGGAAUUGGCGUAGGACUCGUUUAUCUCAGUUUGUACGAUCCUUCACUGGAUACGUCACGAAUUGCAAUUCCAAUGACGAUGGAUGAGCAGUCCGUCGCAAGUUUAUCCUUGCACUCCCAAGAACACACCAUUGUAAUCAAACAGCGGCCCCGUCGAAGUGUUCAACUGUUCUGGCAAACGUGGACCCCUCCAAGUGGUGUCGAAGUCGCCAAAGGUGUCGUCAUUCUCGUACACGGACUGAAUGAGCAUUCAAGCAACAUGCUGCAGCUGGUGCAAGCAUUGCUUGACGAAAACUUCGUUGUGUACGCAUAUGACCACGAAGGCUUUGGCCGAAGCUCGGGUCUUCAUGCCCUUGUCUACGACCAUGAAUCGUUGGUUGAAGAUCUCCAUCAGCACAUCAAGACCGUCCAUGAGAAAUGGCCAACGAAGAAGAGAUUCGUCCUUGGAGGCUCGCUUGGAGGCGCCCUCAUUUUGCAUCGCUUGCUGCGUGACAGUGGCGACGUUGACGGCGUCAUCGUGCAGUGUCCUGCCCUUGAAAUCCAUGCAAACCGACAACCUCCCGCCAUUGUACAAGCGAUCGGGCAAGCCGUGGCGCACGUGGCCCCAUUUUUGGCCUUGAUGCCGUCGAAUGGUGGCAAAGGAUCGAGUGCUUGCGUUCGCGAGCAGAUUCAGAAAAUGAAGAUGCAAGAUGCACUGUACUAUACGGGCAAAAUGCGUCUUGGUACCGCAUUCCAAGUCAAGCAGUGUGUAGAAGCACUGCAAAAGAAACUUGCAUUGCAACGGUCGUUGCCAGUGCCCCUAUUGCUUCAGCACGGUACCGCCGAUGUCAUUUGCUCGAUACAAGGAUCCCGCGCUUGGUUUGAUCGAAUCGAAGACUGCCCCGAGAAGGUGUUUCGCACGUACGAAGACGCAGGUCACGACCUCUUGCACGAACCCAUGGCCAAUCAAGUGGUUGAUGACGUUGUGCUGUGGCUCAAGCAACAUUGCUGAGAUCCAAGCCAAAUCUAUCUCAACUCCAUGAGCGAUCUCAAGUUCGGGCAUGUGUGGCGACUACGCAGAGACCCAUGUCGAGUUUCGCCAAAAACCGUUCGAUAUGCAUUUAAAGCGGUCUAUCCAUCCCAAGUACUUCACCGUCGUCGUGACACUUGUCGCGUUCGAAUGUAUCCCAAGA